AUGAAGGUUUGCGUCUCUAUCUACUCUGCCUUAGGGAGACUGGAUGCAAUGGCCAUGUCUCUUAAAUUGCACCGCCAUUUGCUUGUGCAUGAAUGAAACCAAUCACUGUAUCGAGGCGGAAUACAUCAAAAACACCAUCAACCGGCGUUUCGCCCCUUGUCCAAGGUUUCCGGCUGUGAUCAUGGAAAGCCAGAUGCGAAAGCUCUGAUAUUGUGAGUUUCUGUUCCUCUCCUUCCUCACCUUCUUCGGUUCUUGUCUAGUAUCGGGGGAUGCUGGACACCCCUACCCGCUUUAAGUCAUUCUAAUUCAUGACAUUCUUUCUUUUCUGGCUACUAUCUCUUCCUUUAAUUAUUCUCUCUUAUGUCUCCGCUUCUCAGGCCGCUGGCGUGCUUCGGAAUGUAACCCUCGAUGAUAAUGCCCUUACGAGUAUCUUCAGGUUCUCCCUAGGUUGGAGGAGAGUGACGGAUGUUAAUGCUAUCGGAGGCAGCUAUGCAUCCAGCCACAGAGUUGGGAGUUGGGUAGAAGCGGAACUUCCAGAGGGUGUUACUGCUGUGCAUUUUAUGGGCUUCCCAGGUACUCGAAGUUCCCGUUACCUAGUUUGCUUGGAUUGCAGCACCGAAGGCGCGUAUAUGGACGUUGUGGAGGUAGAAGCGGCCGACAGUUACAGUGGACGGUCCAAGAGCUUAUUCACGAUAUCUGGCACCAAUCCUUCCGUCCCACAUAGUUUACACGUUGUUAACUGGUGGGACGCGACACAUGGUGGUCACGGACAAAUAGCACUCGAUGGGCUAGUUGUGACUAUACGGGUUCAAGAACCCGUUUUCCGGACCUCAGGGCACGUUCUCAGCCCAUUCUUUUCAACAAAUGAGAAUCCAUGGAUUGUCGGUGACUCUGAACUUGGAGAGGAGAGUGAAGAGCAGUUGGAUGGAAGCCUGCGAUUGUACUCGGGCAUGGUGGCACCUCAGAGGUCUGGUUCACCGUUGCAAGGAACACCAUUCUUCCCUGUGGGCUUCAUUCCUGAGGGGAGUGGUGAGCCAGUAUCGAAUACAGGACCAAAGACCAUUGCAUCGCAGGCCGUCCCUCCGUUCACCACAGACAUCACUUCAUGGCCAUCCUUUCAAUUCGUUCGCCCUCAGGCAUCCAACUUCAAUUCUCCGCUUCUGGCCCAGAGCAAUGUGAUGGUCGACCUUCCAUCUUCAACUAUACAGGCGGUGACCCCACCUAGCCAGAGUCCGGACUCGGAUACUUCUUUCACAACCUUUAAAUUCACUCUCGGUCCCUUCACAAUCGUGAUCCCAGUUCCUGUUAGUACUACAGUCCCACAGACUAGUGUCUCUACCUCGGUACCUGUUACUUCAGGAUCCCAAACUUCCACAUUCUCUGGGUCCCAAAGUUUAUCGCAACCUGUUUCGAGCGGAAGUUCAACGAUUGAGCCUGGAUCAACGGCCUCGUUCCCCGCUACAACCACUAUGUCUACCGGAAGCUCAGUGACUGUGCCGUCGGGCAUCUCACCCACUUUCCCCGAGGUCCCAUCUACCUCAUCCAUUCCUUCAACUACGACGUCCCCGACAAUCAGUAAUCUACCGUCUUCAGAUAUUUCAUCUGCCUCGGCCUCUAGUUCAAUCCUCUCAGUAUCAUCUGAGACUCCGAGUACCAGCCCCGCGCCGUCUUCAAGUGUUUUAACAUCAACUCUGAUAUCGUCCAGCGGUUUGACAACCAGCCCCUUCAGUUUAACGAUCACGAUAUCCGCUACUAGUUCGGACAGUGCCUCUCCUACCUCAGCGUUGUCGUCCGUGACGCAAUCUAGCGAUACCCUUCAUGCAACUCUCACGCCGACGACAAGUACAUCUGGUAGCACUAAGAGUCUUAGAGAUUCAUCUACCAGUGCCUCAGAGACUACAUCAUCGGUCAGCGGUGGUCUUACGUCUCAAACAAGCGCAGCUGGUGGAACCCUGUCCUCCACGCAGAGCGGCCCAAUUUCUGCGUCUCAAUCCAGCACGUCUCGAUCUUCGUCAGGCUCUGCGAGUAUAUCAACGACCGCCACCGAAAGCCGGGGUUCGUCGAGUUCUGUGACAGUAAGUUCUGGGAUUACUUCAAGGGUAUUAACUUCAAGUACGCCGGCCUCGACACUGUCGAUCUCAACCACGUCGAGCUCAAGCGCCCCUGGGACUAGAUCAAACAUUUCGACGGGUACUUCCAGUUCCAGUGGCAUAACAAGCAGCUCUGCGACGAGCACAUCUGCCACAGACGCAUCAACCAGUGAGUCGAGUACUGGCGUGGCAACAACAAUCACUUCCAAGUUCACGGACGUUCCGACUGCGCCGACAAUUACGUUUACCGGAACGUCAGCUGCAGGUUCACUGGGUAAUUCGCAAGCAUUAUCGACAUCUUUAGUGGUGCUCGUCGCUGUUCUCGCGAGCCUUUCCAUAUUCUCCAUUCUGCUUGCUGUUAUCAUGAUUGUCAGGCAUUCACGGAGGCGUUCCAGAACUUUCAAUAUUGAAGGUGGUGCAGCAUCCAUAAUCACACCUUUCCCGCCUGGACCACCACAUUCGGGGCUUUCCCCUCCCUCUGCGCCCUCCCCACCUUCUGCAUACUCUUCGUCAAGCAAGCCAACCGGCCGGAAUUCUUACACAACCAAAUAUUUCGGAGAUAGUAUCAUACCCCGACCAUAUGAGGCUCACUUAGCAACUUCUGGUGACUUCGCGGGUCUAUCGAUGACUUCUAGACCUGAUCAUGGCUUUGCUUCUGGUACCUACCCAAUUUUCAUCUCUAGGAACAACACUGACAGUUAUUUGUAGUCAUACCUCCGCCGCCUCCGCCACUGUCACCGAUGUCUGGCCCUCCGAGGCCUCUCCGAAGCCCAUUGCGGGAGUCACAGUAUCCUUUCACACCAUCGGCAUGGAUAGCUCGGAGUCCAAAGACACCUUAACGCUCGGGGUCAUGAUGGAGUAUUUGCAUUUAGAAGAAGCUUGCAACAGAGAUGUGCCCAUUCUACACUAAUUAAGACGUAUAAUGGAAGAGUAAUAUGCAAUUAACCAACAUCGGAAGGAAAAUGAUACGGUAUCCUGCACAACGCGUAGAGGGGAACGAUAGGAUGAAUAUGCAAAGGUAUACAAAUUGCUGAGAAAGCGAAUGAAAAUAACGAGAAAAUUGGGGAAGAGAGGGAGGGGGAAUAUACAUGAAGAGGAUAUAUGAAACAAUUGUGGUAUCUCAUCCGACAUAACCUAACAACCAAAAGGUAAAAGAGCAAAUAGAUGUUGUAACAAGAAAGGCAAAAUUUCAAUCUUAACAAGCAAGAAGAAUAAAUCAGAUUUCGUACGUCAAUG